AUGGUGAAAAAUCCAGAUUUUAAAAAAGCUGGAAUCCGAAUAGGAACACUUAUUGGGGAUGAAGAUUCGUCCACAAUUGCGGCAGACCAACGAGAAACUUCACAUCGAGUCGUCAAGUGGUCGAAUUCCAAUCAUGUGCGUAAAAAGUUUACUGGAAAACUUUAUAAGUUGGCCAACACCCAUCGAAACCUUGACAGAGGAUCUGUCAUCCCAUAUUUGAAGCGAUGCUUCAAUUAUGCCUUGGACCAAAAUAAAGGAAAUACUGAAGCUACGACGAAAGCUCUAUUAAGCAUUGCCGAGCACAUAUUUGGGAACCAUAGCAACUGCGGCACUUGGUGUGAGGCCAAAGACAAUCCGGAGUACGUGUUUAAGAGUUUACCGAAGGGAAAACCUCUUUUCAGUAAAAAUCUGCAAACUGCACUUCAUGGGGUCUUGAUGGAGUUCACAUCUCGGGUGUUGAAAGUUGCGCCAGGGGGAUCGUCUCAACUCAAUGAAUCAUUUAACCAUAUGGUGGCCACCAGAGCACCGAAGUCCAGACAUUACGCAUCUUCGCGUUCUAUUCUUCUGCGAGUGGCAGCAGCAGUCUGUCAGAAAAAUUUUGGAGCUAAACACAUCAUCGAUGUAAGAUUCGAAGCUGGAUUACCGCCAGGAACGGUAGCUGAAGAAUACCGCCUACGAAAAGAAGUCUUGCAACGAGAAAUAGCUGUAAAACGUACCACAUUCGAAGUAAAACGCCGUCGAUGUUAUUUGAAAAAUAAAAGGCAACGUAUCACCAUAGCACGAGAGAGCAGGGAAGGGAUUACUUAUCAAUCAGGUAUGGGACUGGAUCUUCCUAUCGAAACAACUUGUGAAAUUGAUGAACCUCUCCGUGAAGACAGUCCGCAAGUCAUCGUUGACAUUGAAACUACUGGUCUGGCAUCUACUGCAGACAUCGUUCAAAUAGCGGCGAAGUGUGGCGAUCAGGAGUUCGCACGAUUGCAGACUUUACUGCAACGGCAAGCAAUCGCAAAGAAGAAAGCGCAAUUUCUAGAGACUCUUCAGGCCUAA